AUGUAUUCCAAGUUAAAGGGAAACGUUUCUACACAUCCUUUAAACAGUGAUCAUAUAGCAGGCUUAGUCUCUUCCAAGGUACUGCCUCCUCAACCCCGGGUUUUAUCAGCACUCAUAGGGAUCACGUAUGUUGCACCGAAAGGCACAAAAUUGCCUGGACUCCCUCGACAGCUUCAUGUCCGCAGAAGACGAGUCCAUGAAGCUUUGCUAUGGUUGAAACAUAACAACCCCUUAUACAAGAAUAUCAUCAUUUCCGAUAUAUUACUGGAGCAGUUACCCAUAGACGGUGUUCCAGAAGAACUGCUAUCCACUGUUCGAGUUUCUCAUGACAUGGUUGGGUUAGCUAAGGAGCAAGAUGGUUAUGUCCUGAAUCAAGAUCCCACCGAUGAUAUUGGUAACGGUUCACUUUCUAUUACAAAGCAAGUGGAAGUUUAUGACAGAUCAAAAGUCAAUGAUCCAGGAAUGAUUCCUCUUACAGAAGACACAGAACCAGACAGAUACACAGAACCAGAUGUAUUCUUUUUACAUGCAAAUGGAAUGAUUGAUGCUAACGGAGACAACAUCACUGACAUCGACGUGAUGAGACACGCACUGGCCAAUUUAGCGGAUUCACAAGACGGAGGACCUAUUCGACCCGAAGACAGGUAUUUUAUCAGGCGAGGCAGUGCUUUCACAAACGAAUAUGCCAGGAUAGAUAAAGAAACUGGACAACAUACAGAUGGUGGCCUGUGGAACCCUAAUCACCUCUUGGGAUCUUUUCUGUGGCUUUUCCCUUAUGCUUUGGGUGGAUUUGAAGUUGAUAGACCCAUAGAUGUACCAUAUGAGGUGCACGCUAGAUGGGCUCUACAGUACGCAGACAAAAGGUUCCGUAAGGAUUACUAUUUCGUUUUUCAAGUUUAUGGCAUGAUGCACAAAUGCAGCAUAUGCCGUUCCGCUAGUCUUCAAAUUAAACGGUCCGGUUUUAUUCGUAGUCGGGCAGCCAUUGCGACUUUGACUCCAGAAGUACUACACAAAGCAGGCAAAGAAGAAACAUGA